AUGCCCGAGAUAGUCCAGCGGAGCUUCCUUCGCCUUUUGCAAACUGAAACCCUCACCAAGGUCGAGCUUCAAAUACCAGGGAUGCCGCUUAACGUUCUCGGCUACUGCUCGAGCACUGUAUCUACCCUCACAUUCCUUUCCGACCCAUCACCCACAAUAUCCACCCUCCCUGCUCCGCGUCGCAGAAAGACACGAGCACCAAAGAUCGAGAUCCUCAAGUUCGUCAACAGCUUCGAAAUGGACAUCAUUCUGUUGGCUCUGGUAGCCAAAGCUUCGGUGAUAGACACCAGUCGCCUUCGUGGCCUUCGUUUGGGCGCCAUCGAUUCCUUCUCUCAAGCACACAACCUUUUCAUGACAGUGUCCUCAACUACUCUGACGUCUGUAUACCGCUCGCCACGCACAUGGAAAAACGCAGGCGAGGCUAUCUUAAACGCCCCUUCUCCCAAUCGAUGUUAA